AUGCGUUUCCGUCGUGAUACCAACCCCCGCCCACCACCCCAAAUCGACCACCAACGCUUUCCAGGCAUCAUGGACCGAAUCAUGAUGAACGCACCCAAGGCCUCGCUCCUGAAGCUCCGCUGCACCUCGCGCGCCGUCAAGACGUACAUUGACCUCCUGCUCGUCCGCCACCUGACUGUCGAAGGCGGCGUCAAGUGCCAGCCCCUCAUCACUGGCGGAUACGGCAAGCCCCCCAUCGGCUCUGACAUUGAGCGCGUGUUCAGCGUACCGUGGGGCCGUGGCUGGCUCCCGAUCCUUGCGCAGACGCAGGUCGUCGACGUGCACGCGACGGCUGAGCGUGCCGACCUCUUCGUGCUUGCACGCUCCUUUGUGCGCACGCAGGUGGUGCGUUUCGACGACGCCUUCUUCCUCCACUCUGGCCGUGACACGACAAUCCCACACAUUGCGCCUUGUGCCGUCGUCUUUUCGUGGCGCAACACGCUCGAGGGCGAAGAACCCGUCGUCAAGCAGUUUGCGCCCGGCCUGACGCGCCUCGUGUUCUGCUUCAAGUCGCCGCCGCCGCCGUCGUCGUCGUCCGGGGGCCACCUGGCGUUUCCCGACGUGCUCGAUUUCCCGUCCUCGCUCCGCCACAUGGUGGUCAUCGUCGCCAUCAACCCCGACCACGGGUUCGGCGCCAACCCGCACAAACCCAUCAGCGACCUGCUCCCGCGCCACCUCGUGCCCCGCGUCGCCGAGCUCCGCCGCCAGCUGCCGUGGGUCAAGUUCAUCAUUGUGGGGCUCGAGGGCCUGGGCGUGCACACGGCGCUCGGCAUGAUCAAAACGUUUACGGCUGAAACGCCGCCACACCGCACACCCAUCAAGUUUCUCACGCUCAAGCGGCACAAGCGCAACGUCGGUGAUCGCAUGUUUGCGCUCGAGACGGACGAGAAUUAUCAGCUGUAG